AUGGGUGCUGUCACUACCAGCUCCAGAAUGUUCUGGAAACAGAAGAAGGAAGAAGCGGCUCCCAGUGCCCACCUCAGCACACCCGAGCCAGAGGGCGUACUCUGCAAUUGCGCAUCAGAUCCGCCAGAGGGCGCAGGGGCAGCUGUCUCUGCCAGAAGUGGGCCUGGAGUUGGGGAGCGGUCCCCACCCGGCGCCCAGCCCCGGUCACAGCGGCUGGUGGAGGUUCCUGACACCAGCCCAGACUCCCCACCGGCUGCUCCUGUCCCCAGCUCUGGGCGCAGAGCCUCUCCCUACCGCUACCGUGCAGGGAGACCCCCUUACAGACCGAGACACAGCCGGGUGCCAGGUGCCCGAGGCGGGGCGGGGCCGGGGGGGGGGCGCGCUCGGCGGGUGCCCGGGGCUCGGCGGUCCGCGGUGCCGCCGCCUCACAGGGCGCCACAGCUGCAGCAGGCUGGAGCCCAGCGCGGCCCCCGCCCCGUGGCGUGUGUCUGGGAGCGCGCUUGUGGCCGUGGAAGCAGGCGGCCGAGGGGCGGGAGGGUCUGCAGCGGAGAGGCCUGGGAAGGGUGCCGGAGGGCCGGACCGACCGACAGACACAGUGAUCGCCGGCCCCUGAGGCACCCCGCCCGGCGCCCGGGCCCUCUGCGGGCGGCAGCCCUGCGCGGCGGGAGGCGGGGGUGGCAGUGUCUGCGCGCACACGCACGCUCACAGACACACACGCCCGGGCCACGCCACAGACACACGACACGCACAGACCCACGGCCGGCCGCUGCGCACACUCGCACCCGCGCUCACGCUCGCUCUCCGGCGCAGGCCCCGCAGCAGCCGCUGCCCCGGAGGCGGUGGCAUCCUGCUCGGAUUCCAGCCGGGACUGGAGAAGCUUGGCGGAGGACGGUUUUGCUAGCCAGUGUCACAUCGCACCUCUCUGGCACCCAUUUUGGCAAAUCAGAGGCUCCGACCCCCCCUCCGACCCCCCCCCCCCGCUUCACUGAGUCCUGGCGGGUCAAGGAAUUCAUCUUCUCACUGAGCAGAGACGACUGGCCGCCCUGAGUGCAAUUCAAUUCAACAGACAUUUACUGAGUGCCUACUAUGUGCCAGGCCUUAGGCUAGGCACUGGGGAGCACAGAGAGAGGAGAGUGGGGGGAGGUUUCAUUUUCAGAUAGUUCUGGUACCAAGAGAGAAGCCUUGUGGAGAGGGUUGCAGCAGCAGAGCCCAGGCAGGGUUCAAGUGCAUCACAGGAGGGCUACUGUUUAUCUAUGCCUCAGUUUCCCCACCUGUAACAUGGGAGGGCAAGGUGGGGUGAGGAUUUCCCAGGAUUCCAUGGGCCACUUCCUUGAGGGUGGGGUAGAGCAGGGAGGCCGUCCCUCUCCUGCAGGCUCCUCAGAGAAGGGGCAAAGUUCUGGGCCCCAGGGUGUG